AUAAAAAAAAACUCAUAUAUUUAGUAGAAAUACAUAAUACUCAGAAAAUCCACGACCUGAAGUUAACAGCACGAUACUAAAGUUCUCAAUGUUGUGAAUAUUAGCAAUUUAACUGAAGUAAGUUAACUUUACAAACAUUGUGUUCAUUAAUCAAAAGUUUGGCGCAGCGCCUCACAUCCUCCAACUCCGCCUCCGCCCACCCCUGCUCUCGUAUAUAACAUAUCUAUAGAGAAUAUAUUUUCUGGUUUCGGUCUCGCAUAAUACUCCUUACAAUAUGAAUUUAUUGGCAACCCAGACUCUGGAAAGGUCAAUAUUUGACAAAUGGCCGCUAUCUGUCAGUUUUGUGCGGAAUAAACACCACGGACGUUUAUUUAUUUUUAAAAUAAUAAUGGAUGAAAUUUGCCGAUUAUGUUGUUCUACAAAGUUUGUUAAUAAUGAUAUAUUUGACGAAGAAAAUGCGUUGUACCUAAAAAUGUCUUUAUAUUUGCCAAUAAAGGUUUUUAAAAACGACCGGCUCCCCAGAAAAGUCUGCGACAAGUGCAGUUGCAAAGUGAACGACUUCUAUCAGUUUUGUAAUGAGACUAUCGAGGUUCAAAAUAGGUUGCGUAGUUUAUUCCUCUCUUCGGAAGCCUGCAUUAAUGCAUCAAUUGAUCUCACACUCGUCAAGCACAGCGCGUCGCCCCCUCCCAGCCAACCGGUGCAGUGUGAGCGCAGCACGCAGACAGAUGAGCCGGGGGCGCCUCCUGCCUGUGAAGUCACCGUGCAAGUCAAACAUGAACCAGAUUCGGUUUCAUUAUCACCCGUCAAGAAAGAAGAAGAUAAUUAUUACCACAUAGAUUCUGAUCACUUUGAUGAUGGCUCCUCAGGUAGUGAUGAUAUAUCUUUAAUUAGUCUAAAAAAGAAAAAGAGUAAAGGAUCAACUUUGAAUGGGGUCCAUGCAACUGAUAAAAAGGCAAGAAAGAAAGCAGCCAAUAUGAAAGAAUGGGGAGAGCUGAUGGAGUCUCUGCCUGAUGCAACCCUCACAGUGGUGGAGAGCGGUGAGCCCGGGAUGCCACUAGACAGCAUCAAGGAGGAGAUGCUGGCUGAGAAGCCACAGGACGUGUUCCACUGCUGCACGUGUUUCACACAGUGCUACAGCAGGGCUGAGAUGGUGCAGCACUACAGGCAGCACGCGGCGGAGGCGUCGGCCGAGGCGCCGCCCGCCGCGCCGCCGCCGCCCGACACCGACCCGCUGCGCUGUCCGCGCUGUCGGAAGAAGGUGUCCCGCGGCGAGUGGGCGGCGCACUGGGCGCGGCACUGGGAGCGCGACCGCCGCCCCUACUCCUGCGCGCUCUGCGAGAAGACCUUCCGCGACCCGCACCAGAUAUUCAAGCACGGCACGACGCACAAGCUGGAGGCGGGCGGCGCGGCGGAGCCGGUCAACAAGCGCUUCGUGUGCGACCUGUGUCCCGAGGCCUUCGUCUACAUGCGCUACCUGCAGUCGCACCGCACGCGCGCACACCCGGAGGCGGCGGGGCGGGCGCUGGCGCUGCGCUGCGGGCUGUGCGCGCGCGGCUUCGCGCACAUCAACUCGCUGCGGCGCCACCUGCGCGCGCACUCGGGCGAGCGCAACUUCCUGUGCAGCGUGUGCGGCAAGGCGCUGUCGUCGCGCGAGCACCUCAAGUUCCACGCGCGCAUCCACACGGGCUACAAGCCCAACGUGUGCGCCGUGUGCGGCAAGGGCUUCGUCAAGAAGUGCAACCUCACGCUGCACGAGCGCGUGCACUCGGGCGAGAAGCCGCACGUGUGCGCGCACUGCGGCAAGGCCUUCAGCCAGCGCUCCACGCUCGUCAUCCACGAGCGCUACCACAGCGGCGCCCGCCCGUACGUCUGCGGGCUCUGCGGCCGCGGCUUCGUCGCCAAGGGGCUGCUCUCCAUGCAUCUCAAGACCACCUGCAUCUAGCCAUACACAACGGGCGCCGCGCUCCCCGCGCUGAGCACAUACAGACUGAUGUACUAGAUAAUAUAUACUGCCGCGUGACGUCACGCGCAGGUAAACCUACCACUAUAUACGGGAACACUACACUACUAAACUGUUAUACAUGUAUUCAAAAGUUGUCUCUUGGAGUUGCCAUACCAAUAUUUACCGGUAUUUGUAACAAGAUCCUAUAGGUUUUGAUUUUUAAUACUGUGAGUUAACGGACCAUCAAAGCCACUAUCAGCUAAAUAAUAGUGCAUAAUUUAGUAAUUGUGUACAAUAACAUGUACAUAGUUCCCCAAUAUUCCGCAAGUACCGCGUGGCGCUGCCUCGUGGACACUUGUGAUUCUUAACUGUUACAGUAACGUACCUCGCAUUUAUCACUAAUAUAGAGCAUUAAGUUCUGGCAUUAUUCAUUAACAUUGCGAUAAAAAUAUCACAAAUAAUAACAUGAGUAGCGGUUUUCUCCGCGAAUGUAUUGAACAAACACGCACAUUAUUAUGUAAGUUUAGUUCCAUUGUAUUAUACCUGAUUGUAUUUAUUUCACUUGUAAACUUAAUAAAUUAUUUUUUAUGCAUAAUUUUAGCACAAAAAGUUACUAAUAAGCCGACUUAAAAAAAGGAGUGUUGAAAGACGCCUAGACCGAUUUGAAUAAUUAUUUCUUUAUAUAAAACCCAUACAAAAACCCAUACAUAUCCCACUGUCACCAGGUCAGGAUCUAAUGAUGGAAACCCUGAAAAAUCGAGGGAAACUCUUGAAAAUUGUAGGCACGUAUUGUUUCAAAACUUGAUAAUCUUGUGUGUAUCGGAGAAGUCUGUACGACCGUGAGGGUUUGGAGCUUACUCGAUGAUGGAGACAGAUAUAAUAGAUAUGUGUUAAGGAUAAAUCAUUUUUUAACAUGGGAAUAACUUUUUUUUCAUUAUUAUUAUGUUCAACUGAAGAAUAUUCAAAUUUUAGUGAUAUAGAUUUAGUUAUGGAUUUAUUAUUUUAAUACUAAUAUUAAUUAUAUAUAUUAAAACAUUUACCUGCAUUCGGUAAUGCAGGUAAAUGUUUUUUUUAUUAUUUUAUUAAUCCAUUUUCAGGCGUCUAUGCCCAUAUCAAAUGGAUGUUACCGCAUAAUAUUUUUUUCUUCCUCUUCUCUACAUUAACAAAACCAUUCAUGUUGCAGGUAUCCUAAUAGGUACCUUUGGACCCUGCCUUUUCGAAACCUGGCUUGGUUUCAAUCAGAUUUGCUUUCCCACUAUUUUUCCCGCUAAUAAGUCGGUGUCUGCAGGUCUGUUGAUUGUGUUUAUUUUGCAACCAACUUCUCAAGCCAUGACAAAAAUUUUAUUUUGCCACAUUAAAUCUUUUGUGAAGUCGGUUUCUAGUUUUGUAAACGUCUAUUUAUUUCACGUACGAAGAGCAAAUUCGACAUUUGAUACGUUAAAUGAACGUAGACAUACAAACGUGUGAAAUAAGAACCUCCUUCUUUUUGGGAAGUCGGUUAACAAAGAAAUAGUAUUUCAAGUUUAGUUGUAUCAAGUUUUUCAUUUCAGAAUUUGAAUCUAUUGUGUACACAACAACACUGUAUUAUAAAUACUGUAUGUUAUAGCUGAGAAGUUAAGUAGACAUUUUAAAUUCGUCUGGUUAUGGGUUUGUAGAGAUAAUACUCUCUUUUUAUUUAUAACAAAAAUGUUGGCGGGACUUCCCACCCCAAUUAUUGAAUAACUUAUAAUCUGGUGAAGUAGUGAGUACCACGUGAUGUGUCAGAUAGGCAGUGACCCCGCGCGUCACCCCGCGAUUAGCCGCGCACACAGUAAUUUGUAGGCUGCCUUGACUCCCGCAGUAACGUCUUAAUCGAUCGAUAAACUUCUCGAUAUAACUGUCCACUAGAAUUGUACACAAUAAUGAUCAGUUUUUAGCGCCGGUAAUUAAGCUCAAUGAUAAAACCGGUCAGGCGAAAUGCUGGCGCUUGUUUUUUAUAACUUAAUCUGUGUAAAAAAUAAAUACGUAAUACAGUGGCUCGAGUCGUGCGCAGUACACGCGUGCGGUUACAUAACGCGCGCGUGGCGCCCUCUACACGCGACUACUGCGUACGUGCGGCACCACCUAGUCUCAUCUCUCAUGAAGCGCGUUUACAUACUGAAAUAAACUAUCUUUUGAAAAAUUUUCACCAGUUUCUUGGAUGGUCAAUGAUAACUCAAAAAUGAUAUCCCUUUGCGCUCUUUUUAUUUUUAAUGGGAAAUUAUCAAAUGAUCCCCCUGCUGUGGGUCCAGCGUGAGGGAGUGUCAGACUCUUACUGACUAAAACCCACCAUGUUCUUUCUAAGCCCUUUAUGUACCAGCGCCGCGGUAACUCUGUCAAACAAUCCUGCAGCAUUGCUUUAUGUCCUCAUCUUUUAUAUACUCCGCAAGGUUACCUACUAAUGUUGGAAAAAUAUAUAAUUUUAUAGUUGGAGUAAUGUAGUAUUGAAUUUAUUUUAUGUUCGACUUCUGAAGGAUGUGCAACAAUAGCGAGGAAAUGUUAGGUCUAGGUCAGAUGAUACGUCAAUAAAACUGUCAUUCUACAGGUUUAUUCAGAUCGAACUUGUGCAAAUAUUAGUUAGCUAGGAAUUCCAGAAUAUAAGGCCGCCUAAGCUAGUCUUCACAUUACUCCUUGUCGUCAAUCAAAUAUACGUAAAAAUACCAAUUAUAUGUCGACUAUAAAACUAAUAUUGUUAACAAAUUCGUGACUGUUGAUAACAGAUAACGCACAAAAUUAUAAUAAUUGCUAAUGUUAAGGAUUGUCCUCAGUAAUGAUAAGUUGUGUGAUGAUGAUGAUGAGUGCUGCCCGGUACAUCCAACAUGCAUACAGAAGUUUAUUAUAUCAAUAAUUUAUUUUUCUAAAACUUUUAUAGAACACUCCAACAGCUAAACUGACAUCAUCAUAUAACUAACGGCUGUUCCCAAUAUUCAAUCUAUCUAGUAUCUGUUAAAGAAAACUUAUGUGGAAUUUUAUUUACCUCAAAAUCUGUACAUUAUAUCUUAAAAUAAACUAAAUCUAUUAUUACAUUAAAAAAAAAAGAAAACUGUUGAUUUCAUUACUGGAGAUAGAAUUUUGACAUGCCCAUACAAGUAUUUAAAAAACUCCUAUCUUUAAUAAGUAACACAAUACUUGGAUAGAAUAUUGGGAUGCUGUCAAGGUAUCGUGUUGGAUGUACCGGGUCGCAGUCACUCGAUAUACGUAGUUGGUAAAGAGAAACUGUCGGCUAGUUAGAAUAAUGAAUGUAGUGUAAGUAAUAAGUGAAUACAAAGCUAGUUCGUAGCGACAAGUGCCUCACCAUGUGAUAAUAUCAUAAUUUGUAACGCUAAGUGUACCGACUGCGCCGGGACGUGUCUCUUGUACCACAGGACUGAAGCGAGAACAGACAGUUGUUGUAUAUCAUAACAAUAUAGAUGCGUAUGUUGUUCCUUGUAUUUUUACUGUAAUGUAGCAGAAUCGGUUGAAAAUUGUUUCAAAUGAAGAGCACCUAGAUAAUUUUGCAACCAGGACCGGUGUCGUUCCUGAGAUUUGCGCGUUCAAGCAUCUUCUAUCUAUGUAUUAUACCGCAGGAGACAUCUGGUAUACAACAAUAAAUAUGAGUUAACAUAAUUUGAUGCAGUCCGUGGCGCAAGUAGAUCUGUCCCGAAGGAGUUCAUUGUAAGUUACUAUAGUGAAUUAAUUAAGUUAUAUGCGAAGACGUGUCUCCGCACAAAACUAUUACUAUUAAUACAAUAAAUUUCAUAAUAA